GUAGCGAUCAUCCUGUGAUUUUAUAAACGUUUUCCAAAUAAUUAAAUAUAUAAAAUGUGUGAAGACUUUAAACGUGCUUUAGUUGAUCAUAUAAAAAAUGGGAAUAUUUAUCCUGGUGAUGAUAAGUGCGCUUGGGAUAUAGAGGAAUUGCCAGUUUAUGGCAGAUGCUUAAUUGCUAAACGAGAUAUCGAAGCAAAUGAGGAAAUUUUCAGAGACCAUCCACUUAUUGUUGGACCAAGAGUCAAUAAUUAUAUCAAAAUCUUUUGCAUUUCAUGUUAUAAGGUCUUAAAUAAGUUAACACUUUGCAGUCAGAAAUGUAAAUUUCCAGUAUGCAGUGAAUGUGAAAAGACUGAAGCACAUCGUGUUGAAUGCGAAUUGAUUCGUUCUUGGAAACUUAAAAAUGAAAAUAAAUAUUCUAAACAUUUAUUUCGUGCCUUGACCGUUAUUCGUGGUUUACUUUUGACAAAAGAGGAAUCAAAACUAAUAAAUAUGAUGGCCUGUCAUGAAAAUUCAUCAGUACAAAAUAUGGAAGUGGAAAAGAUUUUAGAUGAAUUUGAUGAAUUAACUGCUGAUUCUGAAAUAGUUCAAAAAUUGAAGAAAAUCUCAUCGAUUCUUAAUACAAAUGCUUUCGAAGUUGGUCUUCCACAUGACUCCCAACCUGAUCAUGGAAUAAGUUUACGCGGUCUUUUUCCACUUGGUGCUGUAAUGAACCAAAAUUGCAUCCCUAAUACUUACUACGUCUACAAUGAUCAUAAAAUUAUGAUUGUUAAAUCAUCAAAAUUAAUCAAAAAAGGUGAACAAAUCUUUAAUUCGUACACAAAAUUAUUGUGGGGAACCUUACAAAGACGUGUUCAUUUAGGAUACUCGAAAAAUUUCUUAUGUAAUUGUGAAAGAUGCUUAGAUCGAACAGAAUUCAACUCAAAUAUAUCUGGUAUUAAAUGUAUUCAUCCACAAUGUGAUAGUAUUAUGCUUCCAAUAAAUCCAUUGGUUGUUACAUCUCCAUGGAAGUGUGAAAAGUGUAAUUUUAAGCUUGAUCAUGCACGCGCUUCAAAAAUAACGGAUAUUUUAUCAAAACAAAUUUUUAAUCGUAUCUCAACCGAGCCAAUGACAAAAAUCAAUCACUAUUUAAAAAAUAAGCUUGCAAAUUUUUUGCCUGACGGAAAUCAAUUCACAAUUGAACUAAAAUUACAAAUAAUUUUAAAGAUGAAGCAAGAGUCGGAUUACAUAAUGACAAUUGAAGAUUAUCAGGAUAUUGAGAAAUACUGCCAGGAUAUACUAAAUAUAAUUGAUAAGCUGACCAUGGGUGAAUGCUUUGUGAAAGGGAUUCUUUAUCAUGAAAUAGCAAUUACAAAAAUUAGAUUGUCAGAGCUUCAAGGACAGGAAAUGAAUGACGAGAUGCGAGAAAAUUUAGCAUGCCUACUGAAGAAAACACAGGUCAUAGUAGGGAAUUCAAUAUCGGAACCAAAGGAUUUAAAGGAUCUACUUAAGAUUUAUAGUUAAAUUCAUUAAUGCUUUUAUUGAAGUAUUGAUUUUAGUCAAAUUAUAGUUUUGUGA